AGUAUCGCAGCCAGGCCUGCAGGUCAGUUCUUUCUACCUUUAAAACCCCUUCUUGGUGGUUCUUGUCAAACCCUAGACUGGACUGCUUCUCUUUGCAGCUGCGCAGCCUAGUAGGCGAGAAAUCUACCCUAGCAGCUUCUAUUUGCUUGCAUAUAAAACAAUGUCGGUUGGAGAGGUUGCCUGCACUUACGCUUCUUUGAUUCUCCAUGAUGAUGGGAUCCCCGUCACUGCAGAGAAGAUCGCACAGUUGGUCAAAGCAGCCAAUGUUACAGUCGAAUCUUACUGGCCAAGCUUGUUCGCCAAGCUGUUGGGAAAACGUGCUGCUGAUGAUCUCAUCAUGAAUGUUUGCUCUGGCGGUGGUGGUGCUCCAGUUGCCGCUGCAGCCCCUGCUGCUGCUGCUGGUGGUGCAGCUGCAGCUGCUGCUCCUCCAGCUGAAGAGAAGAAGAAGGAAGAACCCGAGGAAGAGAGCGAUGACGACAUGGGAUUCAGUUUGUUUGAUUAGGUGCUACUUUCAUCAUGCCCAAGCCCCCCAUUUUGGUCUUUAGUCUUAGUAGUUCAAGGUAGUUUCAUUUUUGGUGUUUUGGCUAUUCAAUCGGUCAGUAUUUUUUCCAUGUAAUAUCUGGGAGUAAUUUUUUUUUUUUGAACAUUAUUUGCUCAAGCCUCUUGAUAUAUGAAUUGAGUUAAUUGAUUAUGAAUCGAGUAUUUGAGUAAUGGUGAAUUGGGUUUAAAAA